CCAAAUAAACGGCAACAUUUGUUGCCAGGUGGCAACGUCUUGAACUUAAUAAUUCACAAUAAAUAAAUACAAUUUAUAAUAUCCACUAAUUGCUGCAUUAAUCAGGGACAAUGGCUGCUUUAUUCGACUCCGCUCAUACAGAAGGACCCGGCUUUGUGGGCAUCCGUUUCUGUCAAGAAUGCAACAACAUGCUGUAUCCCAAGGAGGACAAGGAUAACAAAAUUUUGAUGUAUGCCUGCCGCAAUUGUGAUUAUAAACAGGAAGCGGACUCCAAUUGCAUAUACGUAAACAAGAUUAUGCACGAAAUCGACGAACUGACGCACAUAGUGCCCGAUGUUAUAUCUGAUCCCACGCUGCCCCGCACCGAAGACCACGCUUGCCCCAAAUGCACGCAUCGUGAGGCAGUCUUCUUUCAGGCGCAGACUCGACGUGCCGAGGAAGAAAUGCGACUCUAUUAUGUGUGUACAAAUCAGAACUGCACUCAUCGUUGGACUGAGUAAACACAAUGCUCGUCUUACACGCCGGUGAAUUGCACAUCAUUGCGCAAUUCCAAUUAAUUUUAAGCUUAUACAAUACAUACACAUUUAUAAAGUUUGUAAACUAAGUAAGUUCGAUAGCUCCAUUGGACAUUGACCGGUUAUAUGUAGUCCUGACAUUGAACUGACGAUUUUAGAAUGCAGCCGCGCAUAUUUCUCAUUCACUUCUCAUCAUGUAAGCAUUUAUAUUCAUUGCAAGAUUUAAUUAACAAUCAAUGCUCUUUCUGUUUGAGCGGAGAUACAGAGAAAGACAGAGAGAGAGUGAAAGAGAGAGUCGCAUGCAAAUUUCUAAGAUCGUCACAGUGACAUAAUUCAAUAUCUACCAAACAAAACGAAAUAAAAAUAAUACAACAAUU